AUGGCAGUAUUCGGAUUAGCAAAUCGAGGUGAUGAGAUCACGCAAUAUCAAACAGGGCGCUACAUCAGCAGUAACGAAGCAGUAUGGCGGAUAUUUGCAUUCAAUAUUCACGAACGAUAUCCAAUGGUUCAACAUCUCGCUGUUCAUUUGGAAAAUGGUCAGCGGGUUUACUUCACCGAAGAAAAUGCGCAAAAUAGAGCAGAGCAACCACAAAACACAACACUGACUGCUUUUUUCGAAUUGUGUACAUCCGAAAAUUUUGCUAAAAGGUUGCUGUAUCAAAAUGUGCCCAAAUAUUAUACUUGGAACACAUCGACAAAAAAGUUCAACAGAAGAAAAAGAGGUGCAAUUGUUCCAGAGCAUCCUGGUAUAUAUUCGUCCGAUGCAUUGGGACGUGUGUAUACUGUUCAUCCAAAUAACGCCGAGUGCUAUUAUUUGCGGUUGUUGCUGCAUACAAUCAAAGGACCGACAUCAUUCCUUGCAUUGAAAACCAUCGACGAAGUAGAAUGCCAAACGUACAGAGAAGCGUGCUUUAAACUGGGCUUACUUGAGAAUGAUCAGAAUUGGAACACAACUCUGACCGAAGCAUCACUCACGUGCCAUCCAAAGCAAAUACGAACUUUUUUUGCGAUAAUUUUAACAACAUGCGCACCAUCGAAUCCUCGACAACUGUGGGAAAUGCAUCGUGGAAGCCUCAGUGAAGAUAUUCUAAGACAAGCACGUGCAAGCGAUCCAAGUCAGGAAUAUUCGGAUGACAUUUUCAAUGAAGCUUUAAUAUUAAUGGAGGACUUAUGCAUGUCUAUCAACAACAAAGCUCUUUGUCAACUCGGUAUGCCAGCACCGACACGAGAUAGAAAUGCUGUACAAGACAGAGACUUGAUGCGAGAACAGCAGUUUGAUGCAAAUCAGCUUGAACGAUUUGCGCAAACGCAAAAAGAGUUUUUAGUUGCUGAUCAGAAAAAAGCUUAUGACAAAAUCAUGCAACGUGUAACCAAAGGAGAUGGCGGAAUUAUCUUCCUAGAUGCUCCAGGAGGUACCGGGAAAACUUUCCUCAUCAAUUUAAUAUUGGCGUCAGUUCGAAUGCGAAAUGGGAUUGCAGUAGCAGUAGCAUCAUCGGGGAUUGCAUCAACACUACUUGAUGGAGGACGUACAGCGUAUUCAGCACUUAAGCUUCCAUUGAAUUUGCACCAGACCGAAACACCUACAUGCAACAUCAGCAAAAACUCUGGUAUGGCCAUAGUCCUUAAAACGUGCAAAAUUAUAAUUUGGGACGAAUGCACCAUGGCACAUAAGAAAUCGCUCGAAGCACUUGACCGAACUCUGCGAGAUUUUCGUGGAAAAGACCAACCGAUGGGAGGCGCUCUUAUACUUCUUGCAGGUGAUUUUCGUCAAACAUUACCCGUUAUACCACGAUCAACGCCUGCAGACGAGCUGAACGCGUGCUUAAAGGCAUCGCAUCUGUGGAACUAUGUCGAAAAAAUUACGCUCACAACAAAUAUGCGAGUGCAUUUGCUGCAAGAUACGUCUGCCCAAAUAUUUUCAAAGCAACUUUUAGAUAGCGGAAACGGUAAAGUUCAGAGCAUUCAAGACGUCAUCGACAGAGUAUUUCCGAACUUAACGAUCAACUACCGAAAUCCGGAAUGGCUCCGCGAACGUGCAAUUUUAGCUCCGAAGAACGACGAUGUUAGUAAAUUAAACGGUCAAAUUCAAUUGAAAAUUCCAGGAGAAGCAGUCGAAUAUAAAUCGAUUGAUACAGUAAUGGACAAAGAUCAAGCUGUUAAUUACCCAACUGAAUUUCUUAAUUCUUUGGAGCCACCUGGAAUGCCUCCUCAUUCGUUGGCGUUAAAAGUUGGAUCACCAGUGAUGCUUAUUCGGAACUUGAACGCGCCGAAACUGUGCAACGGAACCAGAGUGAUAAUAAAAAAAUUAACACCGAAUUUGAUCGAGGCAACAAUCAUCAGCGGUAAAUUCAAAGGCGAAGAUGUGCUGAUUCCACGUAUACCGAUGAUUUCCAACGAUUUACCGUUCGAAUUCAAGCGGCUUCAAUUCCCUUUGCGUCUUGCCUUUGCUAUAACUAUAAAUAAAACACAAGGGCAAUCAUUAACUAUUGCGGGUUUGGAUUUGAAAAAUUCUGAAAUGCCUUCCCGAAAAAAGGCGCGUAUCAGUCGCGAUAGCCGUGGGGCAGCCACCAGUCGAGCAAACAGAGCAAAUGAGUCAGAGGAAGCGCAUGAGAGUCGUUUAGCUGUACUGCGCACUCGGGACGCUUUGAGUAGAGCAAAUGAGUCAGAGGAAGCGCGUGAGAGUCGUUUAGCUGAACUGCGCACUCGGAACGCUUUGCGUAGAGCAAAUGAAAGUGAAGAGCAAGUGGGGCUUAGACGCGAAGGACUGCGAUCACGUGCAGCGGCAAAUAGAGCAAGUGAAACAGAAUAG